AUGUUAAGCAGACGAAACACCUCAAUACGACUGCAAUCUUUUGUCGUCUUGCGUUGGCUCAGAACAAGAUGGAAAGGCCAGAGUAUUUUCCUUCCUACGAUGAAACAGAACUGCUGGUGGUUGAUAUGUAUCAGGCUAUGUAUAAGCUGGGAAUCAUCCAAUGCGACCGCAGCGAUGGUGACUACAAUGGCCACUGCUAUCAUAAGACACAUAACUGCCAUGGCUAUCACCAGCACACACACGCCAAGUUCAAGCAACUUGAGACCGGAAUCUACCUCCGGUGAUGUUCGGAAAUGA